GUAGUAACUGCUGUCGAGUUUUAAUUCGUCGCAGCGGUUUACGACGCACGGCAUCAAGGCGCGCUGACACGCGGGUUAGUAAAACAACUUUAUGGUUUGUAAUACGUAGAGUGAGGAGUUUCGCCGCGGAAGAACCUGGAGGAAGACCAACUGCCGUGGGUGGUAGGAAGGAGGAAGAGGAAGAAAGAUACUGGAUACAGUUCGACAGGGAGUACUGCUAUUGGUACUGGUACUGGUACUGCUACCGGCUGGUGCUGGUUCUGGUGCUGCUGGUACUGCUGCUGCUGAUACUGAUAUUAGUCUGGUGGUGUACCGAAUUGGGUUAGUCGUCGGUCGUUUAGUGUUGACUCCAUUGUUACUGCGGGUUCUGUGCAUAAAAAAUAUAUAAAUGAUAUCGGCAGCGAGUUGAGCCGAGGGAUCGUGGCAUCGUCACAAGAGCUUGGGCCUCUCGUCGACUACUUCCAUUCCUCGUUCUUAAUCUGAAUCGCGCGGAGGAAUUCUAGCUGGCGUGGCGAUACUACAUCGGCUGCACCAGUGAAUCGUGAACCAACAAGAAUACUACGACCGACCGCCUCCACCUUCCUUCCCCGAACGAGACAACACGUUCAUUCAGAGCCCUCCCUGGAUGGGACGGCGGUUUGUACACGACUACGGUGUCGGCCGCGAUCUAUUUUGUGUGUCUCUUCUUGCGUUACUUCUUUUCUUAUUCGCGUUUCUUUUAUCGACAGCCACGAGGUUUUGAUCGUCCACCCUUGGAGUUAAUAACUUGUGUGCCGGGCUGGAAGGAUCUCCCUAGACUCAGGGAGGUAGCCCAGACAUGACCCGGCUGGCACUGCGAUUCGUCGCAACCGCGGUCUGCCUUUCUGUCAUCGCAGGGGAACAAUAUAAUGAAACAUGGACACGAGGAGGAAGAUUUGGUUACAGACCACAGUAUACACGAGGUGAUAUAUCAGCACCGGACUCUGAUAGAAAUAAUUCACAGGACGCUAGGGUUCCGCCUUACUGGAACCAAGAUGGAGAAAAUUAUGGAGAUCGAACGGACGAUGAAUUGAGGAGAGAUCCGUAUGAAGGUCGACUCGAUGAUCGCUAUGACGAUCGGAGAGAUGACCGGAGAGACGAUGAUCGUAGAGACGAUCGCAGAGAUUAUGAUCGUAGAGAUGAUCGAAGAGACGGCGAUCGCAGAGACGAGCGGAGAGACGGUGAUCCUAGAGAUGAUCGGAGAGAUGAAGAUCCUUACGAGAAUCGGGGUGAUGAUCGUUACAAUUAUCGAGGUGAUGAUCGUAAUGAGAACAGAGGUGAUGAUCGCCUUUACAAUAGGAGUGAUGAUCGCUAUCAAGAACGAACAAUUGAGGAUCCUUAUAACUUUGGUACCGACAGAGAGGCUCAAAACCCCUCGGGUUAUCCAUCGAGUUAUGCAGAGGUACCGAUUCCGGGUGCAGGACGAGCUAAGAAUUGCACUGGCAGUGGCUGCUGCACUCCUAAAUGUUUUGCAGAAAAAGGAUCGAGGGGACCGCCUGGAAUUCUGGGGCCCCAAGGACCGAAAGGACAACGAGGUUUCCCGGGUACUGAAGGUUUGCUGGGACCUAAGGGUGACAAAGGAGAUCCAGGCCCACAGGGACCGCGAGGUCCUAAAGGAGACAGAGGAAAAAUGGGUAUGCCAGGAUUUCCGGGUAUCGAUGGUAUUCCUGGAGUCCAAGGGCCACCGGGUUCUCCUGGUCUGCCUGGAAAAGACGGAUGUAAUGGAACUGAUGGUGCACCUGGACGUCAUGGUGUCCCUGGGGAACCAGGGCCUCGAGGUAUUCGAGGUUUUCCAGGAUCGAAAGGAGACAAAGGUCAGCCGGCAUUUGCAGGAAACUUUCCUAAAGGUGACAAAGGAGAGCCUGGUCUCGAUGGAGUAAGAGGACCGCCUGGAGCACCUGGGCCUCAGGGAGAACGAGGCCCUAUUGGCCCCAAAGGAGAACGUGGUCCUUAUGGUCCACUGGGUCCUCAAGGAUUGAAGGGAGAAAAAGGUAACAUGGGUCUUGGAUUUGAGGGCUUGAAGGGAGACAAAGGUCAGAAGGGAGAGAUCGGACCGCCGGGUGUCACUGCGCCUCUGGUUCCCUUCGAGGGAGUUGAGCAUACGGUCGGACCUGUUGGAGAUCCAGGACCUAAGGGAAACAAAGGAGAACCGGGACUCGAUGGACCUAAAGGAGAACCAGGACUUAUGGGAGAUGCUGGUUUUCCUGGAGCGUCUGGUGGUAAAGGAGAGAAAGGUCUUCCAGGAGCACCUGGUAUUCGAGGAAGAGACGGAUUCUCGGGACCUCCGGGACCGCCAGGUCGUAAAGGAGAUCGUGGUCUUGAUGGAUUAGAUGGACUUCCAGGUCGUGCUGGACAGAAAGGAGAUCCUGGAAAAGAUGGACCCGAAGGAAUGACUGGUCUGAGAGGUCCUCCUGGACCACCGGGUGGUGGUAAAGGACAACCCGGACCGCCAGGAGAAAAAGGACCGAGAGGAUUCCCAGGACCUGUAGGUCCACGAGGUUCUGACGGAUAUCCGGGUGAAACGGGGCCACGUGGACCUAUUGGUUUUCCUGGAGGUCCUGGACAACCUGGAACCCCAGGUCCUGAAGGAGCACCGGGUGAAAAAGGUAGCAAAGGUGAACCUGGACUCACUGGAUUCCCAGGUGAAGUUGGGCCGAGAGGAUUUGAUGGGCCACCGGGACCUGCUGGACCACGAGGUCCUCAAGGAGACAAAGGAUUUUCUAUUAUUGGACCGAAAGGUAUGGACGGAACUUCAGGAAUUGAUGGUGAAAAAGGACAAAAAGGUGAACGCGGAUACGCUGGUGUUCGUGGGCGACCUGGAGAUUCGUUAGACGGUAUUCCUGGAUCACCUGGUGCACCUGGAUUGCGUGGAGAACCUGGAGCUUCUGGAAGAGACGGUUUGCCAGGAAUACCCGGUGAGCCUGGUGAGAAGGGAGAUAUCGGUGGUAGAUGUCAAGAUUGUUUGCCUGGAUUGAGAGGAGAAAAAGGAGAUCGGGGUAAUGAUGGAACACCUGGACAACCAGGACCUAGAGGACCAUCUGGAGAAAGAGGUUUUCCUGGAGAAGCUGGAUUUGAUGGUCUACCUGGUCCUAUUGGUCCACCUGGUCCCUCUGGUAAAGAUGGAUUGCCUGGAAGUCCUGGACCUCAGGGUCAACCUGGAGCUCCGGCAUUUGUUACGGAAAGCAUGUUGAAGUUUGAUAAAGGUGAUAAAGGAGUUCGUGGUGAGCCUGGACGACCUGGUCCACCUGGACCCAUCGGAAUGCCGGGAGAGAAGGGUCGAGUUGGAUUAGAAGGAUUCCCUGGAUUGAAAGGAGAGGCUGGUGACCGUGGGUUCCCUGGACAAGAUGGUGCUGCUGGUAGACCUGGAAUUCCUGGCGCAAAAGGUGAAAAAGGUAUAAGCGUGAAAGGAGAAGCUGGAGAACCAGGAAGACCUGGCGCCAGAGGACAAAAGGGAGAUCCAGGUCUCUAUGGACCUAAAGGUGAACCUGGUCAAUGUGGCCCAGUAAAUCUUGAAGAAGGAGUCAAAGGAGACAGAGGUUACACUGGAGAUAAAGGAGAGCCUGGUCCACCUGGUCGUGAUGGAUUACCUGGAGACAAAGGUUUACAAGGAAUCUCAGGACCACCAGGUCCACCAGGUCCUAUUGGUGCACCAGGUCCUGUUGGUCCCAGAGGAUUGCCAGGUCCACGAGGUGACAAAGGAGACACUGGACCUAUGGGAUUCCCGGGUGAAGCUGGUCGCGAUGGGCCACGUGGUUUCCCUGGUUUACCUGCUGCUAAAGGAGACAAAGGAGAAAUGGGACUUUCGCUCAAGGGUAGCCAGGGAUUAACUGGACCACCUGGAGAAAAAGGAGAACGUGGAUUCCCAGGUUUGCCUGGAAAAGAAGGACCGAGAGGUUAUCCAGGUCUUGCUGGUUUUACUGGAGAAAAAGGUGAUGUUGGAGUACCUGGAAUUAAUGGAUUACCUGGAGCACCGGGUGAAAAAGGAGAUACUGGACCAAUUGGGCCACCCGGGCCACCUGGUGUUCCUGGAGCUCCUGGUAUGGAUGGUAACAAAGGAGAACCAGGGUUACCUGGUGAAGCUGGUCGCGUUGGACUUCCUGGAUUCCCAGGUGAAAAAGGUGACAGAGGAGAACCUGGAAUUGAUGGGCCAAAAGGUUAUCCCGGAAGGAGAGGUCUCCCUGGAGUUGCAGGACAACCUGGACUUGAAGGAGCACCAGGACCGAAAGGAGAACGAGGAGAAACUGGUCCAUCUGGUUUCCCUGGUUUACCAGGAUUGGAAGGAAAGCCUGGACGCGUUGGACCACCUGGACCUAAAGGCGAUCAUGGUUUUGAUGGAGCUCCAGGACUGCCAGGUCCUAUGGGAUUGGAAGGAAUCAAAGGUGAUAGAGGGUUCCCGGGAACUCCAGGAAGAAAAGGUGAACCUGGUAAAACAUCUGCCAAAGGACAAAAAGGUGAACCCGGAAUGCCAGGAGUUCGCGGAGCUCCAGGACCCGCUGGAAGAGAUGGUCUUGAUGGUGAAAAAGGAGAAGCUGGUAGACCUGGACUUGCUCGCGAUGGAUUACCUGGACUUAAGGGAGAGCCUGGAAUACCUGGUCUCGAUGGACUUCCUGGGCCUCAAGGACAAAAAGGUGACACUGGAGUUGCUGGAUUCCCUGGUCAAAAGGGAGAUGCUGGAUAUCCUGGGCCUGCUGGAGAACCAGGUCGACCUGGUCUCGAUGGACUUCCUGGUCAACCAGGUGAUGUUGGUCCAGCUGGUCCACCUGGUUUCCCAGGUCUUGAUGGUGAUACUGGUAUGCCUGGGCGACCUGGGUUAGAUGGACCUAAAGGAGAACGAGGACCCCAAGGUCUUGAAGGACUACCAGGAGUUUCUGGACCAGCAGGAGAAAAGGGAGACCGUGGUCCACCAGGAUUGACUGUUAACAUCAAAGGAGAGAAAGGAGAACCUGGCAGACCUGGUGUUGAUGGACCCGAAGGUGAAAAGGGUGAUAUCGGGUACAACGGACAACCUGGUUUUGAUGGUGAAAAAGGAGACAGAGGUCCACCUGGCGCACUAGGCAACCCCGGACCACCUGGUGCUCCUGGUCCUAAAGGUGACCAAGGAAUGAUGGGUAGCCCUGGAUUCCCAGGAGCAACAGUGAAAGGAGAGAAAGGUCUGCCCGGUAUGUUGGGUAAACACGGUCGCGAUGGAUUCCCUGGGACACCUGGCGAAAAAGGAGAGCCUGGAUUCCCAGGAUUGCCUGGUCACAAAGGAGACGCUGGACCUUGGGGACCAGUGGGUCAGCAAGGAGAAAAAGGAGAUGCUGGUCUCAUUGGCCCAGAAGGUCCACCAGGAAGACCUGGAGAACCUGGACUCGAAGGAAUGCCCGGUAUUCCUGGAGAAAGAGGACUCAAAGGAGAUCAAGGUCCACCUGGAUUGUUCGGUGCACCAGGACAGAAAGGAGAUCGCGGUCUAUCUGGUCCUCCUGGUCUUGAUGGUAUUCCUGGAGAAAAAGGUGACCGCGGCUUCGACGGCAUUCCCGGUGAACCAGGAGAACAGGGCGAAAAAGGAGACCGAGGAUUCCCAGGUGUACCUGGAUUCGCAGGAGAAAUGGGACUUAUCGGUGAGAAAGGUGACAAAGGUGAUGACUGUCUCGAGCCUCCAAUGGGACCAAAAGGCGAUCGCGGUUACCCAGGUUCUCCUGGAAUACCCGGAGCUCCAGGAGAGAAAGGAAUGGCCGGACCUCCAGGUUUCCCUGGCAUCCCCGGAGCCAAAGGAGCCCAAGGAUUCAUGGGAGCGCCUGGACCUGCUGGUCGUCCAGGAUUAGAAGGUCCCAUCGGGCCUCCAGGUCUUCCCGGGUUAUCAGGACCCAGUGGACAACCAGGACCCAAAGGAGAACCCGGCGCGUCAUGCGAACAAGCUGCUGACUAUCUAACAGGAAUUCUACUAGUCCGACACAGCCAGAGCCAAGUAGUUCCGAGCUGCGAGCCCGGUCACAUAAAACUCUGGGAAGGAUACAGUCUUCUCUACACAGAUGGCGAUGAAAGAGCGCACUCUCAAGAUCUAGGUUAUGCCGGCUCGUGCGUACGGAAAUUCUCCACGAUGCCUUUCCUCUUCUGCGACGUUAACAACGUAUGUCACUAUGCCAGUCGUAACGAUCGUUCCUAUUGGCUGUCUACCAACAGUCCGAUACCGAUGAUGCCCGUCGAAGAAUCGUCUAUCGAGGAAUACAUUUCUAGGUGCGUGGUCUGCGAAGUUCCCGCUAAUGUUCUAGCAGUUCACAGCCAGUCGCUGAGUAUUCCUGAGUGUCCAUCGGGAUGGAAUGGAAUAUGGAUCGGUUACAGUUUCGUCAUGCACACGGGAGCUGGAUCACAAGGUGGCGGUCAAUCAUUAUCGAGUCCCGGCUCGUGUCUUGAAGAUUUCCGCGCGACACCUUUCAUCGAAUGCAACGGCGCCAAAGGACACUGCCACUACUAUGCUAAUGAAUUCAGUUUUUGGAUGGCGACUAUCGAAGACAGACAACAAUUCCAAAAGCCUGAGAAACAGACCCUCAAGGCUGGUAAUCUUAGGUCCCGAAUCAGUCGCUGCCAAGUUUGUAUAAAGAAUACGUAAUUUGUAAACUAUUUGAUAAAUGGAUUUAUAUUAAAGAAUAAUAAUAAUGAUAAUAAUAAUAAUUAUGAUAAUUAAUAAAUAUUAAAUAUUAAAUAUUGAUUAACUAAUAGCAUUUUUUGACGGCGCAAGAAGGACUCGAUUGGUUUUUUUGGUUUCAAAAAAUUAUGCAUAAAAAAAAAAAUUUUUUACCGCAAUUUUAAUAAUAAAUUUAACUGAAGAAGCUUAUCAAGUUCACCGGGUUCUCAAUGCUUUUUUUUUUAUCUAUUGUACUCUUUUUAGUCCUUCUUGAAUGAAUUAUAGUCAGGAUCCGUCAAUUCAUUUCACCCUUUUUCCUUUUCCUUAACUUUUUAUCAUUUUUUUUUUUUCCCUUCUCUACUCCUCAAUUUUCCAUCUACAUUAUCAUUGAAUUAUAAAAACUAAGUGCCUAGUAUAUUACUUAGCAUGUAAAUUAAUAUAUAUUUAAAUGAAAUUAUUUGUACACGUAAGUUUUAUUGUCCAACAAAAAAAGUUUUAAAUAAAUUUGUUAAUUAACUAAACUACCAUGAACACUGCCCGUAUUUACAUAUGUCGGCGCACUUUAUUUUAUUAUAUAUAUAUUAUAUUAUAUUAUAUAUUGUAUAUUAAUAUAAAUAAAUUGUUAUAGCUUGAUAAUUAUGCGUGAAGCCAAAUAUUUAAAAUUAUAAGUAUUUUGCUACAUAAUCAAUAAAAAUGAUAUUGUGAAAAUAA